AUGGGGGCAGAGGGGAGAGCUGGAGUGGGUUUUGUUUGGGGGGGGGCCUGGGGCAGUGUCUCGCUGGGUCAGUGCACUGCUGAGGUUGCACACUUCUCUCUGCAGUGGUGGGCCGACCCUUCGUCUCUCAAACACCGGAUCAACACAGAGGGAUACUCCGAGCUGUGCUCCCAGCUCUCCUCGCCUUAUUUUAAAGGCGUCGACUCCUUCUACGUGCGGGUCAAUCUCAACAUGGAGCCUCACUGGGACCCUCCAUCUCUGGGUGUAUCCUGUGAUUAUAUUGUACACGUCAGAGACGCAAGACACAACCGUGUCCUCAGGAAAAUAUUGCAAAAACUUUAGCUCAGAAACAUCAGGUUCAACUGAUGUAUCAUUUCCAGCUUGGUGACCCGUUCAGUAAUAAGUGCAACGUCGACAAUGCCUGCCCUGUGAAUAUUGGUUCUCUGAAAAAAGCUGAUAUUAUAAAA